AUGGAGAAUUUCCAGCAGAUCCAUUUCAGACAGACAAAGCACGGGGAUGGCCAGGUCAGCAGUGUGCUUUUUGAUGAUACCACAGACUUAGUCUGGAUAGGGGAUCUGAAAGGUCGGGCCACCUCAUAUUCUGGCCCAUCGUUAACCGCGUACACCUCAUUUGUCGCCACCAACGGCGGUGCUCCAAUAGUCCAGUUCUUGAAUCACCCAAGAGGUAUAUUAGCCCUAGGAAAAUAUUCUUUGAAACUCAGCAAUCGGCAAUCCUUCCCGCUAUGGCAUGUGGGGCCUCAUAGCCCGUCGAUGCGUGUUCUUGAGACCUCCGAGCUUCGUAACUUUACAGCAAUGUGUUAUGGCUCAGCUAGCCAAAGCUCUGUGGUAAUUGGCGGAGAGAUUGAUGCUGGUUUAAUUGAUUUCGAUUUGAAUAAAUUGAAGGUGAGCUCCACAAUCUCUCACGAGGGUAAAGUCGCCGUCAUGAAAUCCAGCAAUAAGUAUCUAGUUGUGGGCAAUGCCAAUGGUUCUUUAGAUAUCCUUGAUCCAUCGUCCAAUAAUUCAAUUGUCAAGAACUUUCAAUCACAUCAGUUAUCGUUUUCUAAAAUCGAUUUACAGAACUAUCUUUUGGUAACCACCGGUUAUUCAAAGAGACACAAUUACGCAAGCGUGGCGGUUGUUGAUCCUUUGAUUAACGUGUAUGAUUUAAGAUAUUUGAAGCCUUUGGCCCCAACAUCAUUUCCUGCCGGUGCCUCAUUUGUUUCUUUACACCCUAAAAUGCAAAAUAUGUGCUUUGCUUGUUCGGCCACUGGUCAAUUACAGUUCAUUGACUUGUUCAACAUCAAUAACUUCAAGAUAUAUCAAGUGAAUUUGCUCAAUCCUCAUGGAGCGGGGCUGACAUUUUUAGGAGCCCCAAAUGGCCCAAGCAGUCCGAAAAUAGUGAAAAUGGAAAUAAGUAACUCUGGUGAUUAUUUGAUCUUGGUUGAUAAUUACAACACCGUGUACUUAUGGUCGACCGAUCCGACUUCAGGAUUUAAUAACUAUAGUAAACAAUUGGAAUACCCAGUGGGUCUUGACUAUGAGCAAUUGAAAUCAAACUCCUUCAAUGUCACUGAUUUUGAUAAGAAAUUAAAUAUGGUUGGUAUGCCAUAUUAUAAAGAAUCGUUAUUAUCGAACUACUCAUCUGAUUUGAAAUUUAAUGCUGGUACCUUGCCCAAGAAGAUUCCUACUGAGUUGAUCCGAAACUCUGAGUCAACUAAAAGAGGUACUUUGGCACCAGGGUUCCAAAGGGAACGGACAACGGAGAUUGAUUUGAGGUAUUCGAAGUAUAAUAGAAAUAAAUAUGGCCCAAGAAACUUACAUCAGCAAUGGUAUAGUUUGGACCUGAAGGAUAAGAAGGGAAAUGUUCCAAGGUUCAUUAGUGAAAAGGAUGAUUCCAUAGAAAGUGAUAGUGAAUCAGAUUCAGAGGCGCUGAAUGGUAAAGAUGGCAGUGAAGAUGAACCUAAUGAUAAAAUCUUCAAGGAUUCGAAACUAGCCCAAAUUUUCGAUUAUAAACCAUCAUCUCAAACACCUCUUAAAAUACCACCAGCAUUUUCAAAACUUCAUAUUUUGUACUCAAGGUUUGGUAUUGAAGAUUUUGACUUUAAGUUUUACAACCGGUCAAAAAAGAAGUUUUCAGGGUUGGAAAUCGACAUUCAAAAUAGUUAUUGCAACAGUUUGUUGAUUUUGUAUAGGUUUGUUCCAGAAUUUUAUAACUGGUUAACUGAAAGUUUGACGCAUGACUGUUUCAUUUAUGAUAGAGACAGAUCUCAAGAUAAUUUAUUUUCUAAAGCCGGUAUGCAAAUGGGAAAAUCACUUUUAGCAGAAGUUGGAUAUUUGUUUGACAUGAUGGCAAAUUCAGGUGGGAAGAAUUGCCGAACCACCAAUUUCCAAAACGUCUUGUGCUCUAUUCGUGAGGCGUCUCAAUUGGGACUUAUUGAUAAUGGCAAGAAGGGUUAUAGUUCACACCAAUCGAUAGAUGAAGAUAGGGAAGAUGAGGAAGAUAAGUUGAAAAAUUUGAUUCAUUCUUUUAACAGGUUUAUUUUGCAGAGAUUAAGUUUUGACGAACGCAGACUUCAUUAUAAUGGCUUGAUUAAACACAACAAUGAGCAUCAAAGAAUGAUUAAUUUUGAUGAAAUGAGAUCCUAUGAAUUGGACAGGAUUGCUGGAAUCAAUAUGGAAACGGAAAUCAAGUCUACUUCGUGUACUUUCUCAUCUCGCAAACUCACCACAGUUUAUAAUUUGGAACUUAAAUGCAUGGGUAGUGUUGAUACCAAGAACCCGUUGAUUUCUUCUGUGGCCGACAGCCCAAAGAUUUCAAAGAACUACAUCUAUAGCUCAGGCAGCUUUAAAGGGAAAAAUAUGAACAAGUAUAAUAAUAUUUAUGCAGAUCAUAACAAUUCGGCAUUUUUGUACAGCCAGUCCAUUUUGCCUUAUAUUGAUGCUGCUAUGAACAACCAUUCAUUUACGCCAGUCAAGACUUGGUGUUCUGAGUGCCAAAAGUAUCAAGCCAUGAAUACUAUUAAGACUGUGAGAAAUUUACCGCAUGUACUAUCCUUGAAUUUGAAUCUUGACGAUGAUAGAGAGGUGAUUAGAAAAUUAUCACAAACUCAGGUUGAUGAAACCAAGAAUGGGAAGAGUCCACAUCAUUGGAUAGUGAAUGAAUUUUAUGCCAAGUUAUCGAAUUCGUCUCAGAGACCAAUUUUGAAACUAAAUGCUGCUGAUUUUAAUGGUAAAGGCGGGAGAUCGUCAAGUGGCAACAGUUACAACCAGGAUGAUGUGCGAGCAAGUUUGAAUAAUAUGAGCAUACAUGACCGGGAAAGUCUAUCAUCAUCUGGAUCGACCACUUCAUGCAAAUCGUCGUCGAUAAAGAAGCAGAAGUAUGGCAACGAGAUUAUCAAGUAUGAGUUGACUGGGCUUGUUUGUGAAAUUGGCGGUUCUGAAGAGAAUAAUUCUCUUGAGAAUAAGCAUUUGGUGACAUUUGUUAAAGUCAAGAACCAAACCAACGAUUCAUAUCAAUGGUAUUUGUUCAAUGACUUCUUGAUUAUUCCAAUAUAUGACGAAAAUGAGGUCUUCAACUUAUCAUAUUGGUGGAAGAAACCAUUGAUUGUGUUGUAUCAAUCAAACAAAUCACCAUCUGAAUUCAAUUAUAAGGUUGCAAAAAGUGGCCUUAACCAGGAAAUUCUUUAUAGAGAUUAUUUUGCCCAUGGAACUAGAGAGGGGAAAAUCAUUGAAUAUGAAUUGCUUACUAAAGAAGAAGCGCCUAAACCUGGCUCGUUGGUGGCUCUUGAUGCGGAAUUCGUAAUUUUGGAGUCAGAUAAGUACGAAAUUAGGUCUGAUGGAACAAAAGUGUUGGUUAAGCCAAAGCGGCAAUCAUUGGCAAGAGUUUCUGUUGUUCGAGGUGAUGCUGGUCCGAAAAAAGGGGUUCCAUUUAUUGAUGACUAUAUUGUCAUUGAAGAACAAGUGGAAGACUAUAUCACGUCAUUUUCUGGGAUUGAAAAGGGGGAUUUGGAUCCUUUCUUAUCAAAAAAAUCUUUGACAUACUUGGAAGUGGCAUACCGGAAACUUUGGCUUUUGCUCCAAAUAGGGGUUGUUUUUGUUGGUCAUGGGCUAACGAAUGAUUUCAGGGCCAUUAAUAUCCAAGUUCCAGAUACGCAAGUCAGAGAUACUUUGAAGCUAUAUUCCAAGAAAGAUGUGAAACGUAAACUAGGGUUAAAAUUUUUGAUGUUUGCAGUGUUAGGUAAAGAUGUUCAGACUGGCAACCAUGAUUCUAUCGAAGAUGCCAGAAGUGCUUUGGAAUUGUAUGAUCGUUACGCUGACUUAGUCAGUGCAGGUAAAUUUGAGAAUGAAUUGAACAGAAUAUAUAGAGAAGGUACGAUUUUGGGGUUCAAGGUUCCUGGAAGUUAA